UGUCGGAGAGCUAGAAUGAUAAUAGCCGCAUGUGCUAGCUACAAUGCAAAUCAUUGCUUAAAGAACAUGGGGUAGUUUCGAAACAAGUAUCUUUGGCUCUUGGUCAUUCUAAGCCAUUUAUUAUAUAUUUGCAUUUUUUAGUGAAAAAUUGUUUUAUAUGGCUGCAUUACCGUCGGCUCUGAGCCACUGACGACCACUGUUUGCCGUGUGUAGGUCAGGGCUUGCCAUUGAGACAUAAUUGGUCAAAAAGGUGGGAUGCUCCAUCGAUCGGCCAGUACCGAUCCAUUAGUGACGGUGGCGGUGACAAAGCACGUGAUCAGCAUAUGCCGAUAAAUGCCUUAAACACAGAUCACCUGUGGUCCGUACUGUGGCUCGUAUUAUUGCAGAAUGCAGCCGGUAGCAGGCGUCCCCCAUUUCCUUCACACUGCGCAGGCGUGCCAACCCCAAAACAAACUGCUAUGUAGAACUUACCAGCCGUUUGUGAAAAUAAUACAAAUUUUGCACCCUGCAAAACAUGCCACGAAAAGUAUCUCGAAGCUUUAAUUUACUACGACAUUUGAAGAACAAACACUUGACGACGUAUGGCUGCAGCAUUAGUGGAGGAGGAGACCAGAAGAUACAGACCAACCAAGAACUACCUAAGCUACCUGGCUACGCCUGACUUUUCUGCUUUUGAGACUGAAAUCAUGAAGAAUGAAUUUGAGCGCCUGGCAUCUCGGCAGCCCAUGGACCUCCUGAGUAUGAAGAGGUAUGAGCUGCCAGCACCGUCUUCGGGUCAGAAGAACGACAUAACCGCUUGGCAGGAGUGUGUCAACAACUCCAUGGCCCAGCUAGAGCACCAGGCAGUUCGCAUCGAGAACCUGGAGCUCAUGUCGCAGUACGGAACCAACGCGUGGAAAGUCUACAACGAUAACCUUGCCUUCAUGAUUGAGAUGGCACAAAAGGAGCUUCAGAAGUUCAGGAAGCAAAUUCAAGAUUUAAACUGGCAGCGUAAAAACGACCAAUUAGCUGGAGGAGCCAAGCUGCGAGAGCUGGAGUCAAACUGGGUGUCCCUGGUGAGCAAGAACUACGAGAUUGAGCGCGCCAUAGUUCAGCUAGAAAACGAAAUUGGCCAGCUGAAACAACAGCAAGGGGACGAAAACAAGGAAAACAUCAGGCAGGACUUCUGAUGUUCUGAUAGACUGAAAAGACCUUUGUCAGGCUGCUGGGGGUUUGGGAAUGCAGCCAUGGAGGAACUUUAACCAAUGUGGAUAACAUGAAAACAUUUUUAACUUGAUGACAGGAAGAGACCCAAAUGAUAGUGUUGAUGCAGUUCCAACAAAUUCUGUCAGGUCUCAAAGAGCAUUCAUGUUUUUGUAUGGCAUUUUAAUAAAGUUAAA